CAGACGCAUCCGUCUGUUUCUGCAGGGCCCGUGCGCGCUCUCAUCAGCAGCAUCCGUCCGUACAUGUACCCACCAGCUCAACAUGACGUCGCGCGCAUCACUGACCUGCGUACAGGGCCACCCCACAUCCAUGAACAAACUUCACCGAGAUACUGCAGCGGAGCGUUGACGCAAAUUCAGGAUGUACUAGAUAUUUGUUCUGUGGAAUCCCUGUAUCUUUGGAGACAGACUGUGUAAGGCAGUACAUACCCAUGUCCCUCACUUCUAGCAGAAGGCCAUCUGCUGGUUCUCGCAGAAGGCCUGCUGCCCCGAGCAGCGCUCGACACUCACACGGUGACUCGCCUCUCCGUAGCAGUUAUUCAACAGCACCCUGCAAAUGUACAGAGAGCAAUACUGCAACACGUUCCAAUCCAACCACACCACGACGGCAAGUGAAGUAUGCAGCCUGUAGUGAGAAUCACGGCAUCCGUCCGCCUGCCCCUGAGCAGUAUCUCACCCCCCUACAGCAGAAGGAAGUGUGUAUUCGUCACUUACGAGCUCGGCUGAAAGAGAAUGUGGAAAGGCUUCAGGACCGAGACUCUGAGAUUGAGGAUUUGCGGAUGCGACUGACUCAGAUGCAGGAUGAUUGGAUCGAGGAGGAAUGUCAUCGCGUAGAGGCCCAGCUGGCCCUGAAAGAAGCUCGGAUGGAGAUCCGGCAGCUUCAGCAGGCCGUGGACGCAGUCAGGUCCAAUCUAGGUGUCCCUGAGUCAGAGCAACAGGACUGUAAGUCUGAAAGUAUCCGUGCAGGUAGUAUAGGACCACGAAUUGGGGCAUCUAGGUCUUGUGGCUGCUCUCCAGCCCACACCAUGAGUCGCAGUGCCACUUUUACCAGGCUUAGUAGCGAGACAUCACCUGGCACCACAGACCGUAAUGGAAAUGUGCAUUCUGAACGCUACAUUCCGGCCAACAGAGGGGCAAUGACGUUACCCAGAGGUGAUGGGCGCACUCAUCUUCUUCUGGAAGCGGCUUUGCUGCAUGAGCAACUGCCACAUGCACAAAUAUGCCCUGUGUUGUCACGAUCCUCCACCUGUGAGAGAUUGUGUGGCGGAGAGACAGUCUUGCCGGUUAGUCGAUCUUGCCAUGCUGUGAACAACAACUGCAGCUGUGCUCCACAUAGCUACCUCCCACAUCACCACCUGUUUCUGCACCUCCCACAAGAGGAAGCACCUCCUCCUCCCCCUCCACCAGCGCCCCCUAGUGCAUCAGAGGUAGGUGACAAGCCAGGGUACCGUUCACAGGCAUGCAGUCCCACCAUAACCUGGAUCUCCGAAGAGGGUGGAGGCGAGGAGCUGAGCAUCAUCACUUCAGCAACCUGUGCACCAGAUGUUACCCUAGCUGAGCCGCAGGUGUUUUCGCCAUCAUCUGCGGCUACUUCACCUGCUCAGAUGUCUUACGCUACAGAACCUUUGCCGCUUGACAACACGGUUGAAUUUACAUCAUCGACAACAAUGCCUAUGGUGUUGACCAAACCCCAGGUUCACCAGCCUUGCCCCAGAUCUUCACCACCUGCAGAAUCACCACCACAGGAAGCAGCGCUAGUUACGGUCAGUGAUGAAAAUGAAGUGGAUGGAGCUUGUGCCGCAGAGGAGGAGGCUGAACCCGCUUCUCCUCAGAGGAGCCACUGGAGCCGUUACUUCCUAAUUGAUCUGUUAGCGGUAGCUGUUCCUGUAGUUCCCACAUUGGCAUGGUUUUGCCGAGGGGCAAGGAAUGAAGGCAUGCCCAUGUACAACAUGGGCUCCCUGCUGCGCGGCUGCUGUGCCGUUGCAUUGCAUUCUCUAAGGCAGGUUGGCAGCGGCUGCGAUCGCAGCCCCUCAGGAACAGGAAGAGCAAGACCAAUUUGAAAACUUUUGUUUUGCCAUAGUAUCAAAAAAGAUCUUCAAGUUGAGUGGAUUCUUUGUCCUUGUCUGUGUCUCCUAGUAGCUAAACAAUGUUUUUGAACCAAAAACGCCUCGAUCCAUUAAACCAGUGCUUGUUUGAGACAGGAUCUGGGGACUGUGGACCUUAUUUGCACAGACAUUUACUUGUUUAAUGGCUAUUGCUCAUUUCCACCAUUUGUUUUACCUUUUCCUUCUGGUUCCUUUCUUAUCUGCUGGAUUUCCCCUCAUUCUAGGUUGAAACUAACCAGGCAAAACAGAGCCAAAUAAAACUGCAAGCAGCAAUAAGGUAAAACUCCAAGUUGAGCUGAGAAUGUACAGAAACUAACAAAUAUUUAAAAAAAACUAAUAGGGAAGUUAAAUAAUUCCCCCCCCCCGAUAUCAAAGGGUUCUUUGCAUUUUUUUUUGUACUUUCCAUUGCUUUUACCUUGUUGGAGUUUACUGCAGUUAUAUUUACUCGUGUCAUUCUUGAAAUAUGAAUAGAUUUUGUAUAAAUCAUUCAUAAACCCUUUUACUUUUUUAAAUUGUCAUAUUGAGGUAAAUUUGAUUCUAACCUUCAGUGGGUCAGACCGUGGUACAAUUUCAGAAAAAGGACAUUUCAGAUCAUCAAGGCUGGACUUUCACAUUUGAAACUUUUACAUACUCAUUACCAGUCUUCUCUGUAUGACAUUAGAACUACAUACAACAUUUUUAGAGUACUGAAAAGAAAAAAAACUACGGUCAUAGGUGUCUUGCAUCUUGCUGUUCUGAAAGAAAUGCUUUACUUAGUGCAUUGAAUAUAAUUCUCGUGAAUCACAAUUCUGUGUGAUUCUUUUGUUUCAGACUUUUUUAUGUGAUCGCUGCUUCAGCAGACUUGUGAAACUGCUUGAUGUCAAUUUGCAUAUGACUUACAUGGUUAUUAGAAUUGUAGAAAAUUGUUUAGAUGUCAAACUUCAUUGAUUAAGCUUUUGAAGGUGACAAUUUCAGAUUUUUAAUCUGUUUAGCAGGCAGUUGUUCAAACUAUGAUCUCAGGUGGAACUCAGGUGAAUAGUACAUAGAGAAUGCAAAAUGAAUGGAAACUCAUGACAGAAGACCCAUUCAUUAGCAAAGGUUUAUAUCAACAUUGAUAUGAAUUGCUGCAUGCAUCCAUCCAAAUUUUAGCUAUAUAUAAGUAAAAUACGUAUGCAAUGGUGUAAUACAUUUCUAAACUAAUGUAUUUAGAGGUAACACAAAAUUGUAAAAAUGGCUAAUCAUGGCAAUCUGGUAGAAGGGCUGUUGUAAGAUGCAUGUUAGCACAACUCCUAGUAGCCUAGUUAGAAAUACUUAAUUUUCUAUUGACAUUUGGAUGAUCAUUUAUCUUGAUUUGAUGAUACAGUUUAAUAUACGGUGAUUCUGAAAUUUGAUUACGUAGUUCACUCACCCGUUGAAAAUGAAGUGAUUCAUUAAAAUGACAAGACUACUCAAAUGUUGCUUUUGUUUUUCAUUUGUGCCCGAACCAGGCACAAAACGGGCAAUGGUUUUCUACGUUCAAAGCAAAUAGUGUUUGAUACCAAACAAUUACAGAAAUCAGUUAGUUAUGCUCAUUUGGAUGAAGACCAAUGAGAUUCCAGCGUGGACAGGGAUACUCAGAAUGUUGCCACAAAAUAAAAGCCAAAGAGUUUUGAAAUCAUCCUGUUGAUCACUUGACAAAUCUUCCAAAAUAAGUGUUACUUACUAUACAUGUUUUCAAAAACCACUACUCCACACAACACACCACAUACCAGUUUCAUGUUUUUAUAAACAAUUUAUUUUCAAGUAGUUUAUUGUUUUAUAUUUAAGCAGAUUUCCCCACCAGAGUGCUUUUACCAGCUCAGCCAAAACCCUGUUGCUGUAAUUGUGUUUACAAUACAGAAAUAAAAUAUAAAAAACAGGAGGAAAGAAAAAAAGAA